GUACAUAGUACUCCGUACUUGCAGAGAGAGCCGUUCUGCUGGAUCCAAUAGGGGAUAGAUUCCGUCACUGACUGGUGGAUACGAAUACGAAAUUCAAGACGAACCCUAGAUUACGGUCUGUAGCUUGUCUGUCCUCAGGGACUCAAUUGGAAGUGACAUUCCUCACUUUCGAGAGCUGAAAAUACACCUCUUUGCUCUUCGCAUCCAAGUUCAACUGAUCGUCCCUCGAACUGUUUCCGUCGAAUCGCCCUUGCCAUCUUGCACACUGCCCAACAAUGGCUUCUUCCCUCGAGCAGCCUGUGCUUGGCCGCGUCCUCGUCAUCGGCGGGUGCGGUUUCCUGGGCCACCACGUCGUGAACCUCCUGCUGCGUGACUGGAAGUGCGAAGUCUCCGUCAUCGAUCUCAAGUGCCAGCGAAACAGGCGCCCUGCUAGCGAUGGCGUUGUAUAUGUCGAGGCCGACAUCACCGACAGCGACAGCCUCCUGAAGGCAUUCGGCCGCCUCAAGCCCGAUGUUGUCAUCCACACUGCCUCACCGCCCGCGCAAGGUGCUGGUGCCAUCUCAAAUGAAAUUUUCUACAAGGUCAAUGUCGAAGGCACGCGUGCUGUGAUUGCGGCCUGUCAAAAGAACGAAGUUAAGGCCCUUGUCUACACAAGUUCCGCCAGCGUCAUAAGCGACAAUAAAUCCGAUCUUGUCAAUGCGAACGAGGAAUAUCCCGUCAUACGCGGUAAACUACAGUCUGAAUACUAUUCAGAAACCAAGGCUCAUGCAGAACAACUUGUACUAGAAGCCAACAGCACACAGGAAGGGGAGCUUCUAACGACCGCCAUCCGACCAUCGGGCAUUUUUGGCGAGGGCGACAUGCAGCUAGUGCACCAUGCAAUAGGGGUAUACCGCGGCGGCAAUGACAAGGUGCAGGUGGGCCUGAACACCAACAUGUUCGAUUUCACAUACGUCGAGAACGUAGCACACGCACAUUUACUAGCAGCCCGUGCUCUGCUUGUCACACACGCGUCCAAAACGAAGCCUCUCGACCACGAAAAAGUCGAUGGUGAGGCCUUCCUCGUGAGUAAUGGUAGCCCCGUAUAUUUCUGGGACAUGAUGCGCUCUAUUUGGCGGGAGGCGGGCUCACCGCGUGGGACGGAUCAUGCCUGGGUUAUGAGCCGCGACGUGGGCCUCAUAUUAGGCUACCUGAGCGAGUGCUUCGCAGGUCUCCUUCGCCGUCAGCCUACCCUCACUCGCCAGCGCAUUAUCUAUAGUACUAUGACCCGUUACUACGACAUUGCUAAAGCCCGACGGCGGCUCGGCUAUGAACCCCUUGUUAGUCUCAACGAUGGCGUAAAGCGCACCGUACGUUGGACGCUCGAGCAGGAAAACUUAAUAAAGGUAUGAAAAGGCGUUAUGACAAUAUGUGAUGGAACUAUAAAGGAUAGAAAAGGUAGUCGUUUACAUGACUGCAUUUUGUGGAUGAGGACGACAAAACUGUCCUCUAUUUGUUUUUCCCUUACGCAAGCUUGCCCAGCAUAUAAUCAUCACUUCAUGGGCUUUCUGUGCGUGCCGCACACAGCUCCUUGUGUAAUUAGGUCGUAUAUACAACUUGAUAAAAUUCUAAUUAGCUAGGGCGUAUCGCCCAAAUGCACUGAUGAACAAGAUAGUAGUGUCACUUGUGUGAGAGAAAAUUGGAUGGGCUGUGCUUCUUUCAAGUACCAUUGUGGUACUCUUGUUGCAGUGUCUAGCUAACCGUACAGCGCGAUGGUCCUCUGCCUUGAGCACAUGGGUUGAGUAAACUUGUCGAGAUCCAACCUGAGCCAUUGCGCUCAAAUAGAUUAGAUGGCGAAGCUUCAUUGCCUCUUAGGCUUCAUUUAGG